AUGCCAACAGUCUUACUCCCCUCGUCGGCCGCUGCCUUUGCGCCACGAUCCUCUCCCAAUGUCGUCCUCAACACCAAGGUGGAGUCUUGGUUGACCGCAACCUUGAAGCGGGUCAAUAGGGUCAAGCGACCUUUGAACAAUGUCACCCAACAUACAAGAUGCCUGACCGAGACGCUGUCGUCGCCCAACGCCAUUUGGACCCUAUGCUCCCUCAUGUUCCCCAAGGCCCCCGAGUCGGACCUCCGCCAGGAUGAGAACCCUCUCGUCGAGGGCCUGUUCAACUACCAGAUGAUCCAUAUGGAAGCGUACGUCGUGCAUGUCGACAUGGUCUCCCAGAAUGAAGUCGCCUUCAAAUUGACUCCCGAAACCAUCGAGUCCCUCGUCGACUUUCACAAGGAUAUCUACUCGGUCGAUGCUGCUGCCAAUACUUGGGACUGGUCGGAAAAAGCAAGUCAGUUGAAGAAGUUGCAGGAGGAAUUCGUCCAAGCCGCCAACAAGUUUGUCUACCGCACCAACGCCCAAGCGCUCGAAGGAUUGGAGGAAGACGGCGCAGGAGAACUGCUUGGUGGUCGCGGUGAGGAAGCAAAGGCUGCUAUCAUGGGCCUCUUUGUUCCAUUGCUUCCACCGCCUCCCCGGGUGGUUGACGUGAUGCGCCCUGCUCCCCUCUUACCAAGCUCGACCGGCCCAGAGACAUGGUGGCAAGACCCCAUGCAACAAGCUGCGCCUCUGGAGCCGUGGAAAGUACUUACAUCCAGCCCACCCACGACCAACAUUGCCGAUUCUAAUCUUAACCUGUGGGCCAGUUUGAGCGGCUUGGAUGAAGUUCAGCUCCCUUCCCCGACCCCGUCUUACACCCAGCCCUAUACCACCUCGCCGUACAACAUGACGCAGUACUAUAGCGCCCCGGAGACCUCUGCCGCCAUGGCCGCGCUUCCGUUACCGAGUAUGCUCAUUCAACCUUGCAGUACGAUGGCAGGUAUGAAUGGAUUUGGCUGGGGUGAUCGAUACCAGGAUUUCGCAUUGCCAUACGGGACAACGAUGUAA